AUGUCGACCCUCCACGCAAAUAUAUUGAAGCUGCUAUGCACACUAACGAUAAGGCCAGUAAUAAUUCUCUUGUUGCUGGCUGUCAUUCUGCACGCGGGCAGCACGGCGGAGUAUCACGGUGGCCCGCUGUCGUCGUCGUCUCUAGGGUCCCAGCAGAAAGGAGCCCUCCUCCAGUGGAAGUCGACCUUGCUGCAAAGCAGCAGGGCGCACGCACUGGACUCAUGGCAGGACGGUUCUAGCCCGUGCAGCGGCAAUUGGACGGGCAUCACCUGCAGCGUCGUUCACGUCCACCGUGGCCACCGCCGGCCCCGCGCGCGCCUGGUGGUGGUCACCAGCAUGUCGUUGCCGGAAGCCGGCAUAAGUGGAAGCCUCGGUGAGCUCAACUUCUCCGCCCUCCCGUUCCUCCGGUUCAUCAACCUCAGCUACAACAGCCUUGCUGGAGGAAUCCCCCCUGCCAUCACGUCCCUAACCGCGCUCUCCUACCUAGACCUCACUAGCAACUCGCUCCAUGGACGGAUACCACCAGAGAUCGGUCGCAUGGGACACCUCCGGCUGCUGUGGCUGGCCCUCAACAACCUCACGGGCUACAUCCCCGCGUCCCUCGGGAACCUGACCAUGCUGACUGACCUCAGCGUCCACCAAAACCAACUGGUCGGGAACAUCCCGGAGGAGCUCGGGAAGCUCACGCGCCUAGAGGCCAUGGAUCUCAGCACCACCGCGUUGAGCGGCGCAAUACCAAGUAGCAUAGGCAACCUGACCAGACUACUCCUCCUGUACCUCUACGAAAACCAGCUGUCGGGGCCCAUACCAUCCUCUCUAGGCAACCUCCUCAACCUUGGUGAUCUUGAGCUCACCGGGAAUCGCUUGAGCGGUGGAAUUCCAGUCUCGUUGGCAAACCUCACCCAACUCCAGCUGCUUUACCUCUCUGUCAAUCAGCUCACAGGUCCAAUCCCCCAACAGAUAGGGUUGAUGGAAAACCUGACCCAGCUAUCUUUAUAUACAAACCAGCUAGGAGGCCCGAUUCCGCCGAGCUUGGGGAACGCAACGAGGCUAAACUACAUUAACCUCUGUGAUAACCAGUUUGUGGGGCCCAUCCCAAGUGAGAUUGGCUAUUUGACGGGUCUCACUGACUUGUACCUAUGCCAAAACCUCAUUUCAGGCUCAAUUCCUGCUAGUCUUGCCAACGUCACGGGCAUGAGAGAGCUACUUCUCUUCUACAACAAGCUCACAGGUCCGCUGCCUCGAGAAUUUUAUCCUAUCCUCACAAAGUUGGAUCUGAUCAAUCUGAGCAACAACUCCCUCUCGGGCGAAUUGCCAUCUGAUGUGUGCGAAGGGGGGAAUAAUCUCUGGGAGUUCAUCGUCGCCUCUAACAUGUUCACUGGCCCAAUCCCGAGAGGCCUACGAAAAUGUAGGAGCCUACAGAGACUUGACCUAUCUUCUAACAAGCUUACAGGAGACAUAUCAGAUUUUGGGCCCUAUCCACACCUCACUGAAAUGGGUAAUCUGCAGUUUCUCGAUAUAUCUAUGAAUAAGUUAAAUGGGUCAAUACCUCAGGAGCUUGGGAGUUGCACUGAGCUGCUGUCAUUGCUUAUCAAUCACAAUAGCUUGAGUGGAGAAUUGCCGGUGUCCUUGGGUAAUCUGGAGAACCUGCAGCUUGUGUUGGAUUUGAGCAAUAACAAUUUCACAGGCAGACUUCCCGUGCAGCUCGGGAGCUUAGUUAAGUUGGAGGUACUGAACCUCUCCCACAACCAAUUCGAUGGAAUCAUUCCACCCUCCUUCGCUGACAUGGCUAGUUUGGAAGGGCCUCUUCCAAUAAGGCCACUAUUUCAUAAUGCCUCCAUAGGAUGGUUCCUCCACAAUAAAGGCCUCUGUGGCAAUCUCUCUGGCCUUCCAACAUGCGCUUCGGCUAUGGAUUUGGAGCAUCACAACAGAAGAAUUCGUAGGUUGGCAAUAGCCAUUUCCAUUCCUUUGUGCAUAGUCACCGUUCUCACAUUUUUUGGAGUUAUUAUGAUUAUUCACAAGAGAAAAAGACCACAUGACACGACUAUAGUAGAUACAAGAGAUGUGCUUUCAGUGUGGAAUUUCGAUGGGAAACUAGCAUUUGAGGAUAUCAUUAGGGCGACAGAAAAUUUCAGUGAGAGUUACAUCAUCGGAUCAGGUGGGUAUGGCAGAGUCUAUAAAGCUCAGCUCCAAGGGGGGAGAUUGGUUGCAGUAAAAAGGCUCCAUAAAACUGAAGAAGACAACAUGAAUGAUGAAAAUCGAUUCAUAAGCGAAAUCGAGGUGUUGACAAAGAUCCGGCACCGAAGCAUCGUUAAGCUAUAUGGGUAUUGCUCUCAUCAACUGUACAAAUUUCUAGUCUAUGAUUACAUUGAUAGAGGGAGUCUUCAUGCAACCUUGGAUAAUGAGGAGCUAGCAAAGGAACUGAACUGGCAGAGGCGAGUUGCCAUUGCUAGAGACGUGGCUCAAGCUAUGUACUAUUUGCACCAUGAAUGCAACCCGCCAAUAAUCCACCGUGACAUUACAAGCAGCAACAUAUUGAUCGAUGCAAAUUUGAAAGCCUGUAUUUCAGAUUUUGGCAUAGCAAGGAUUAUAAAGCCCGAUUCAUCGAAUUGGAGUGAAUUAGCAGGGACAUAUGGUUAUAUAGCCCCAGAGCUUUCAUACACAUCAGUGGUGACAACGAAGUGCGAUGUCUACAGCUUUGGUGUAGUUGUGCUUGAGAUUAUGAUGGGAAGAUACCCUAGUGAACUUCAGACCCUUCCAUCCGUUGAGAUUGCAAUGGAAAUGUUGGACCAGCGAACACAGCUGCCAACAAUGGAGGAGGUAGAAGAAAUUGCUUUGCUUGUCCAAUUGGCAUUUGCUUGCAUGGAAACUUCUCCUCACUCAAGACCUGAAAUGCAGGAAGUCUAUCAGAAACUGACUCGCCACCCCUUCUCAUGAUGUUGCCAUAUA